AUGUCAUUAUCUUAAAGAAUUACAGUGACGCAAAAGGGAAGGGAACUGUAGGAAUAACUUAGAGAAUAAAACAGGCAACCCUAAAAACCAGCUUUAGCCAAAGAUAAUUAAGGUAAGGCAAUUGUAGAGAAUUGAUAGAUAGUUUAGCUCAUUUUUUUGAUAAAGAACUUAAAGCCCAAGAUUAACUUAAUAGUUAUGCUUCAUUAAUACAAAAUAGAUUGAAGUCUCCAGAAUAAAUCAUAGAAUUUCUUGAAACCAAAUUUUAGAAACAACCUUUAUUUGUUUAAAAGGAGAUGUAAAAAGUUGGAUAAAGAAUAUAUCACUAUGGAAAUAGAGAUAUUCAAUCCUAAGCAGUGCUGCCUUAAUUAGAUUUCAAGUAAAAGUAAUAUAUGAAAAACAAAUAUGCAAACUACAGUGAAAAUAUCUCAUCCAGAUAAUCAAGUACGAAAACAAUUUAAAUGUUAGGACAUAAAGUUGAAGAAGGAUUGACUAAAAAAGUUAAUUUCAUGUUGUUUUAGGAAGGAAAGAUCGAGAGAAUGAUUACGAAGUAUGAAAAAUUCAAUGAAAAAGCUAAAUUAAUACCUUAAUAUAAAAAGGAUGAUAAAAAAGGAGAAGAUUUUAUGAAGUAAUUGCUAUAAAGAAUGGAUGCUGGCCAAGAAACAAGAGUAGAAUCUCUUUAAGAAAUAAGAUAGUAGCAUUAAGCAGAAUUAAGUUUACUUGAAUAUUAGAAUCUAUAGAAGGAAAGACUAAGAUAAACUAUGUCAGAAUUACAUAAAUCAAGAUAUGGUAAAUAUUGGAAUAAAUUAAAAUUGUCAUCCAAAACAGAUAAAUGA